GCUGGUAUACACAACUCCGGUAACCGGGAGUUGUGUGCGGCUUUUUAUUAGUAUUUUUAUAAUAAUAUGUAAAUGGUUUAGAUUCAAAUAUCAUGACGGAAAUAUUUUCUACUUUAUUCGGACAAAAUGACGCACAGCCGCCCUCUGGACCAGCAGCUUUAGGGUUUGCUCCCGGAAAACCUCCCCCUUCUAUGCCGCCAAACCAGGCGCCAAUAGCGGCCCAGAUGCCAGGACAACUCGGGGAUGAUGGGCCUCUUCUGCGAAAACCCGGAGCUAUGAACGAACCUUUUUAUCUACUUCGAGAACUCCCUGUUGGAAACGACCUGACGGGAAACACGAACCUGAUCACGCAUUAUAAUCUGGAGCACGCCUAUAAUAAGUUCUGCGGGAAGAAAGUCAAGGAGAAACUGAGCAACUUUUUACCAGAGUUACCAGGUAUGAUAGACUGUCCAGGGGUCCAGGAUGGCAGUUCUCUGCGCUCUCUCAUAGAGAAACCUCCCGUCUGUGGAAACUCAUUCAGUCCGCUGACAGGAGCUCUACUCACUGGAUUUAGACUACACACUGGCCCGCUUCCUGAGCAGUACAGACUGAUGCACAUACAGCCACCAAAGAAGAAGAGCAAACACAAACACAGACAUCAUCACCCUCAGGAUCCUCUACCGCUAGAAACCCGCACUGACCCCACCAAGAAGAAGAAAAAGAAAGAUAAUGAACCUGAACGCAGGAAGAAAAAGAAAGACAAGAAGAAAAAAAAGAAUCGACACAGUCCUGAUCAUCCUGGUGUUACUGGAUCUCAACCCAACAGCAACAGCCUGAGAUAGAACAGUUGUGUGUGUGCGAGUGUGUUUGUUUGUAUGUAUGUUUGCACACAUGAAGUGAUGUUGAACUGUGUUAGAGACUCUGAUAUGGACCAGUGCGGUUGAUUGAUGUUUACAAGGGCCAAUUGUUGAUGAUUUUUGACUUCUUUUUCUGGUUAUGAUGAAAAGCUCAAGGAAUAAACUUUGUUAUUCUUUA